AUGACAACUCUAACGAUUGCUUUGUACCUGACUUGUUUUUUUGGGGGGACUUCAGCCCAGAUGAGUAAUCUGGAAUCACCAAAGUAUGUGCAUCAACAAAAUACUUUUUAUUCAGCUAAUGUUGGUCAAAGCGUGACUUUGCAGUGUUUCUCUGAAGGUGAAGCAGUGAUGUUUUACUGGUACAAGCAAAUUCUAGGGCAGGAACCAAGGCUUGUAUCUACCUUGUAUAAACAUAAAAGUGGCACCUUUCAUGAUGAAUUCAACAAUUAUCGUUUCACACUGGACACAAAAGAUGGUAACAAUCACUUGACAAUCUCUAAUUUACAUAUUUCAGACUCAGCGACUUAUUACUGUGCAAGCAGCUAUUCAUUUAAUUUAGAAUUUGAGGAGGAAAUUAUUGUAAGUGUAAAGGGUUCAGGUUUGAACAUCCAAGCUUUAGUCCAUCAGUUGGCGUCUGAGAGCAUCCAGCCGAAAGGCUCUGUGAACUGUGUGGUACACAAUGGGACCUGUGAUGAUGGAGAACACAGUGUUUACUGGUUCAAAAACUCUGAAGAAUCUCAUUCAGGACUCAUUUACACACGUGAAGGCAGGAAUGAUCAGUGUGAGAGGAACACCAACAUUCAAACACACACCUGUGUCUACAACUUGCCGAUGAAGAGUCUCAAUCUUUCUCAUGCUGGGACUGAAUGUGCUGUCGUCUCAUGUGGACAGAUACUGUUUGGGAAAAGGACCAAAUUGGACGUUGGCUAUGAAGUGGACUCAUUUGUCUUGGUAUACUUCUUGAUUGGAGCUUUGGGACUCACCACCAUCCUGAUUGUUCUCCUGGCAUAUGCAGCAUAUACAAUGAACAGAAACUGCUGCCAGUGUAAAGAAGAAAGAUCGCCAGCAGCCUCGACUCCAGAUCCAGAGAGUUACACAGAUGCAGAUGAACUCCAUUACGCUGCAUUCAGAGAGAACAACGUCGGCAGGUCAAUAAGACAGAGGGACAAUACCCAGACUGAAUGUGUGUACUCCACAGUAAAGCAGUGA